CAGACACAAUGGAAGUCCAUGGCCAUGCAUCCUCUCUUCCAAAGGUGCAAGGAGAGGUGGAGACCGUUCGCCCCUUCCGAUCAGUUAAGGAGGCCGUUGCCGUCUUCGGCGAACAACAACAACAACACUUUCUCACCGGCAGUGCUUCUUCUCAGAAGGCCAACAACACUAGGCCCAAAGUGAACUCCAUUCUCAGGCCAAUUCAAUCAAAGCCAAUCCACUCCAGUGUUUCCUCCUCCCCGAAUUCCUGCCCUUCUUCUUCGGAGACGACUGCCUUCGGCUUUCUGCGAAAAUUGGAGGCCGAAGUCGAGGAGAUAAAGCGGGAGCUGAUUCAUAUGAAGGAGAGGGAGUCUGAAACAAGCAAAGCAAUUGCCACUCUCAGUUGCCAACUACAAAACAGAAGCUCCAAAUUAGAAGCAACAGAGAGUUCUCUGUCAGUAGACCAGUGGCAAGAGAUCAGAGCAGCAAAUUUAGAAGAAAGGUUCGAGUAUCUACCGAGUUUGCGCGAAGCAUUAAGCAUCGCCGAGAUGGAAGACCAAUUUGGCAGGAGGAGACGGAUUAAGGUGCAGAAGAAGAAGAAGAAGAAGCCCAUUGUGCCACUGGUAAGUGAAAUCUUCCACAGGAAGAAAAGAGACGCCAAUGGAGAUCUCACCAGCUCUUUCUACAGUACUCGUUCCUCCAUUUACAGCUUCACUUAGUGUUUGCUCUACAUCGAUUUUGUUGGUUUAUGCAAACUUCUGGUUUGGAUCAUCUCUUGUUCUUUCUAUUUGAUGAAUAAAUUUUUCUUCUUCUUUUUUUUUUUUACAAGA